AGACCUCAUAGGGGCGUGGAAGAGCUGCCCAGGUUCACCACAGCUUCACAAAACUCGCUUCAGAUAGUUUCAGUCUGUCGGGUUACAGUUUGCAGCAGCUAUCAUUAAUAAGCCAGCCUGAAACAGGGAGCAGAACAAGAGAGGUGGUGAACGGAGACCAGAGGGAGAGAGCUAAGCAGAGGAGAGAAAAGAGAUGACAAGGCAACAUAACUAGACCAAUUCAAGUGAAAUGGAGGAGACUACGGCUCUGAGCAUCACCAACUUUACCAAACCCUCCAACUCCACAGCCUUGCCGGCCACCUACAGAUGGGCUCUGCUCUCCAUCUAUACCCUGGUGUUAGUGGGGGGCACCAUCAGCAUGUCACUGACUAUCAACAUCCUGCAGUCAAAUGUGAGGUCCUUCACCACCACAGCGGUCAUCAACCUCAUCAUUGUCCACAUCCUUUUCCUUCUUACUGUUCCUUUUAGGAUCUACUACUACAUCGCUGGAGAGUGGCGACUGGGUGAAGGCUUCUGCAGGGUGGUGAGUGGUAUGAUCCAUGCCCACAUCUACUUGGCCUUCGUGUUUUACGUUAUCAUUUUGGUGACCCGUUACCUGGCCUUCUACAAACAGACUGACCGAAUCGAGUUCUACCGGAGACUGCACGCCAUUGGUGCCAGCGUUGCUGUUUGGCUUAUAAUGCUGACGAUUGCUCUUCCUGUGGCAAUCCUCGAGUACGGCUCACCAGACAGCAACGUCCCCACACCAGCCGCGACAUACCAGUGUUUCUCAUUUGGUGGGCAGCUGAAUGAUCGAGCAGUGGCUGUUUUCAACUACAUCCUGAGCAGCAUUAUCAUCAUCAUUAGUUUGACUUUGACUUUGUGCCAGAUCUGCAUACUGGCCAAGGUCUACAGGACCCAUGGAAACCUGACCUUUUCCCACCAGGAGUUCUGGGCCCAAGUGAAGAGCCUGAGCUUUGUGGCAGUAUUGAUCGUUUGCUUGGUGCCAUACAAUGCGUUUAGGAUUUAUUAUGUGAAGAACAUGAACGACCAAGCAAGCCUGGAGAGAGUCAAUGAGGUCUUCCUUGCAAUCACAACACUGAGCUGCUUGGACAUGCUUAUUUUUGUAAGGAGGCCUGCUAACAACCCCUGCCAGGCUGGCUACUGCUGCUGCCUCUUAUGACACACAACAGCACAAUAUCGUUGUGUUACAACUGAUCAGAUUCAGUGAAGUGCCUCUGGGAACAGGGAAGAAGCCGAGUUCCUGCAGUCAGUUGGGAUGACAACAAAAAUAAUUACAAUUCAUAAUCAUGAAUGAACUUGUUGCCAUGAUUUAGCAAAUACAUUAAAAAACUGAAGUAAUGUGUGAGACCAUGAGACAGGGAAGCAAAAAGCCCUGGCUAUUGAGUUUCACAAGUGAGUCUCAUAUUACAAGCACAGUUCAUGUGAAAAAUGCCGUCAUUAUCUCCUGACAUCAUGCCACACAUGUUGAAACAGUGUUGAGGUUUUUAUGGCAAUACAACACACAGCGAGCCACCAGGCACAGAUUCAUUUCAGCCUUCGUCAGUGAACCUCCCCUUAGUGUAGCUCAGUAGCUGAAUGUCUAUGAGAUCAUGUGGCUUGAUCCCAUUUUGCUCUUUGACAUAACUUCAGACAAAACCAAAUACAUAAAAACAGACACAUUUCAAAUGUCUCUGCUGACAUUUGAAAUCUUAAAAAAAAAAAAAAAAAAAAAAAAAGCUGCACUGUUUCUUUUUAAAUUGUUUUUGACUUGCGGCAUGGUAUCAAGUUUUUAUGUACCUGCAUAAAAACGACAAUAAGUGAAUCUGAAUCUGACAUUUAUUAGUUUAUCCAACUCUGGGAAAGUCCUGAAAACUACUGUGUCUGUCAACUAUCUUUAACAGACAGAAAGAUUUAUUUUGAGAACUAAUAAAAAUAUAAUUAGGAAUUCAUCAUGGACAUCUUUUCACCUUCAGUCUCCUCUGAAU